GACAGAGACACAGGCUUUCACCGACGUUACUGCUGGAUUAAGUUCUCGACUUCGCAGGACGUUCAGAAUGUGUUUCAGAAGGACCCCCACAUCCUUGAAGGUGCCAAGGGGCAGCUGUCCUACGCAGAACAGCUGGCGUGUGCAUACAUACCUGCACAAGUUGUGACCUGCAUUUGA